AUGAGACUGGCCGCGUACGCUGGGGCCUCCCUGGCCUUGGCCACCGGUGUGUUCUUGAAAGCGCUACACCAGAGAGCAAACUUCUACUCAGCUUGUGUAUAUCUAUCGCAAAGUAGUGCGAAUCUUAUGAUCCUAACGAACUUAUGCCUCCUUGCGACCGGUUUCAUCCUCUUCUGGCUACAACGACUCCUUUACGGACCCCUUCGGCCUAUCGAGACUGAACAACUUUACGAGCGGGCAUGGUUUGCGGUCACGGAAACAUGUCUCGCCAUGACCAUAUUCCGAGGCGAGCUCGGGGGCUGGUUUCUGGUCAUGUUCGUUUUACUUCUAGUCGGGAAAGUCUGGGGAUGGAUUGGUGAAGGACGAGUGGAGUAUCUGGAACAACAACCCCCGGCAAAUCCACGCCUCUUCCAUAUCCGAUUGGCACUAUCGCUAGUGUUGUCGGUCCUCUUCAAUGCCUCGAUGCUACGAUACUGUGUCAACGUCGUCAUUGAAGAGGCGCGAGCAGAUAUGAUGAUCAUGUUUGGAUUUGAGUUCGCAAUCUUGACCAUCCUAUCAACUUCGACAACCCUUCGAUACAGCAUCGCCUUGACGGAGAUCUAUAUCACCCACCAGCAGGUCAAGGCGAAGAUGGAGGAACGCCGAGCUGAGAUUCGAGUCGCUCGUAUCGAAGCCAUUCGGGAACACGCACGUGCCGGGGCAAGCUCCCCUCCAACCGAUCUUCCCGAUGAGAACGACGUCAACGAGUUGGAGAUCGACGUUCCUGGAUGGGAGGAGAAGGGUCGAUGGGUGUUCUACCUUGACCUACUCACAGACUUCCUGAAGCUCGUCGUGUACUUGGUUUUCUUUGCCAUUCUCCUCCGUUUCUUCGGUUUGCCGAUUCACAUCCUACGCGAUGUCGUCGUUACGAUGCGAUCUUUUGGCCGUCGUAUCAUGGACUUCCUCCGGUAUCGGAACGCGACCAGAGACAUGAAUGACCGAUAUCCCGACGCUACUGCCGAGGAGGUUGCACGCGAAGAUGUCUGUAUCAUCUGUCGAGAGGAAAUGACUUCCACCCAGCCUCCUGUAGUUGCUGAAGGAGAGGCUGCUCCGCAGCCAGCCGCAGCCGCACCACGUGUGCCCGACCGUCUGCGUCCGAAGAAGCUCCCGUGUGGUCAUAUCCUCCACUUCGCUUGCCUUCGCAGCUGGCUCGAGAGACAACAGAACUGUCCCACUUGUCGACGCCCAGUCGUUGCGCCGCAGCGCCUUCAAGGAGCCGCUGCCGAUGCCAACAAUCUGCCCGGAAAUGUCGGAGGAGCCGCUCAACCGAACGGCGUGGGUGGAAAUCAAAUGCCUGGUCAGCCGGGUGCCCAAGGAGAGCUACCCCGAGCUCGAGUAUAUCAAUUCGGUCCAUUCCGUAUUGGCUUUGGCGCCGUUCGUGGCGACCUAUUCCACAACCUUCAUCAGCAAAUUCAUCAAGGCAAUGCUCCAUUGCAGCCUCCCGCAAAUGCCAAUCCACCUGGCGCGCGACAAAUCGGCUUCGGACUUGGUUUCGGUCGCCGUCCACAAGCUCCAACUACCGUCCAACAUGCGCCGAACACAGGAGGCUCCAGCUCCGCAGAUAUUCACGCCCAAUUACAGCAAAUUGAGCAGCAAAUCGCGCAAGAGAUCAGCUCUCUGCGUGCUGCAGCAGAGCAGUUGCGCCGUGUGACCCAACUCCAGAUGGAGCUAGAUCGGCUUCGUCUGCAUGCCAACCCUCAAGCUCAGACACUCACCUCUCCGACGCCGACGACAACUCUGCCAACCGGCACGUCAACCAUUACAUCGCGUCGCCAAUUUGUCUCUAACCCGGGGGCCACACCCUUGGCUGCUGGAGACUCUCGUCUUCCAGAAGGACUUACUCUUCCACCUGGUUGGACUCUUCUUCCCCUUCAUUCUACGGAGCUAGGUAGUGGGAACCUGGCACAGGACAGUAACCCAACACCCACCACCUCUGUGCCACUGCAAUCUACUUCAUUAAAUGCAUUGGAGAGUCAAGAUAUUGAAGCUCCGGCUUCAGAGACCGUCCCAGCCGCCACUGCCGCGGACAGGUACAAUGAGGAAACCGAGAUCAGUGCCCCAAGUACCGGAACGGCCGACACAGGAAACGCAAUCCCAAACUGGUCCGUGCCUAGCGCGUCCUCAUCAGCCGAGCACAGGGCAGACUCCCCAUCCCAAGAGUGGACAGAUGUGCAAUCCGAGCAAGUUCCAGAGGCUGGUCCCUCCGUGAUCCCUCCCGCCUGGGGCAGCACCGGCCAAACGAGCAAAGCAGAUACUGAUAUCGACUCCUCAUACGCCGAAUCCACAUCCAAGGGCAAGAGUCGAGCAGCCACUGUGGAAGAGGCAGCCGAUGAAGAGACGCCUUGA